AUGUCAAAUUCAAAUAAACAAAUUAAUUUUAUACCAUUUCUUGAUCAAAAUUAUGAAGAUAUUCAACGUGAAUGUUUAGAAAAACAAUGUUUAUUUAUUGAUACAAAAUUUUGUCCACAACAAACAUUUAUUAUUGAUAAUGAAAUAAAAAAAAAUAUUAUUUGGCAACGUCCAUAUGACGUAACUAAUACACCAAAAUUUUUUGUUAAAACACCUCAUCGUCGUGAUCCAAGUCAAGGUGAAUUAUCCGAUUGUUGGUUUAUUGUAGCUAUUGCUAAUAUAACACUUCAUCAACAAAUAUUUGAACGUGUUGUACCAUUAAAUCAAACAUUUGAUAAACAAAAUGGUUAUACCGGUUUAUUUCAUUUUCAUUUUUGGCAAUAUGGUUCGUGGUAUGAUGUUGUUAUUGAUGAUUAUUUACCAUUUUAUAAAAAAACAAUUCAACCAUGGUGUUCAUGGAAUCGUCAAGAACUAAAUGAAUUUUGGGUUGCAUUAAUUGAAAAAGCAUAUGCGAAAUUAAAUGGUGGUUAUAGAAAUUUAAUUGGUGGUACACCUAUUGAAGCAUUUACUGAUUUAACAGCUGGUGUUGAACAACGUUUUAAAUUAAAUGAAACAAUUAAAGAACGUAAACAUUUUUUUAAUUUUCUCAUUGAUAGUUUAAAACAUUCAUGUCUUAUGGCAUGUUCAAUUAAUCCAAAAAGUGAUGGAUCAGAUUUCGAAGAAAUUAAACCUAAUGGUCUAGUUGUUGGUCAUUCAUAUUCAAUAACAGCUGCACAAUAUCUUCAAUAUAAAAAAAAAUUAUUAGGUAUGAUACGUCUACGUAAUCCAUGGGCUAAUGAAAUUGAAUGGGCUGGUGCUUGGCAUGAUGGAGAUAUUAGAUGGAAUGAUCUUGAUUUAGAUGAAAAACGAAGAAUGUCAUGGCAAGAUUCUGAAGAUGGAGAGUUUUGGAUGACAUUUCAAGAUUUUUUUGCUGAAUUUGAUAUUCUUGAAAUUUGUCAUCUAUCACCAGAUACAUUUAAAGAAGAAUUUCAUCUUAAUACAAAUUCUUCUCAAGUAUCAUCUCCUAUAAAUAAUGAAAUAAUAACAUCAUCUAUAAUUAAAAAUCAUCAAACAUCAAUACGCAUGUCAAUACCAACAUGUUUAAUUACAGAUUAUUCACCUAUUCAAUAUAAAACUUGGUCAUGUUUAUUAUUUGAAGGACAAUGGAUUAAAAAUUUUUCAAGUGGUGGUCGUUGUAUAACAACAUGUGAACAUGGAUGUAAUUUUUGGAAAAAUCCACAAUAUGAAAUAGAAACAAAUGCUCAAAAUGAAACAAUUAAAUGUGCUAUAAUUAUAUCAUUAAUGCAAAAAUAUAGUCGACUUAAAACAAUAGAUAAUCCUAUUGAUCGAUAUGAUUAUAUUCAAGCUCGAAUUUAUAAAAUAAAAACGAAUAAUUCAACAUCAAUAUCAUUGCCUUCACAAUCUCAUGCUCAUUAUAUAAAUAUAAAAACAUAUGGAAAUGAUGAUUUAGAAUAUAUUGGUUAUACAGGUUCAUAUAUUAAUCGACGAGAAGUUACUUUAUAUUUACGUGUACCACCUGGCAAAUAUCUUGUUAUUCCGAGUACUUAUGAGCCUAAUCGAGAUGGUCAUUUUCUAUUACGAAUUUUUUUGGAAACAAAUUAUUCAAUUAAACAAUUACCAACAAUUCUAUCUUCUUCAUCAUUAAAUCUUAAUGAACAAUUAACUCGUUUAACUAUUUCUACUCCAAUUAAUUCAUCAUUAAAAUCAAUAUUGAUGAAAAAUAUUUUUUUGAAUUGUUUAUGUCCAUAUGAUUAUCAAGCAAUGUUCAAAACUAAACGUAAAGAACAUCAUUAUAUUAUUCAAACAUUAGGACAAAUGCAAACAGAUGUCAAACGAUAUAAAGCUGUACAAAUGUUACUGGAUCAAAUAUUUCAAGUCCUUAAUUCAAGUCGUAUUGCUUUAACAAGUGCUGGAUUUGUUCCAUCAAUUUCUUCUUUUCCAACUGAAGAAACAGUUCGUGAACAAUUAUCAUUACUUCUUGAAAAUGUUCUUUUUCUUGGUGAUCUUGCACUUUUCUUUCCUGAUGUAUUUCAUCGUUUUUAUGAUCAAGAUCAACAACGUCGAAUAUUAACAUCAUGGUCCUAUUCAUUUGCUGCUGAAACAGAAUUCUAUGAUGAAAAAUCAUUAGAAAUUUUAUCAUUAAUGGCUCAAGAACUUAAUUUAAUAGAAAAAUCUCCUUCAUUUCACAAUCCUUACGUUUUUAAACAAAAAGAUCAACAAAAAAAACAAUUUGUAUCCGUUGAAAAUCAACAAGAACAAGUACAAAAAAAGAAAUCAAAAGAAAAAAUCAAGAAAAAACGAGGGCCUGGCUUAUCCGGCAGUCGUACGGAACUGUGA